AUGGCCAUGCUCAGGUACCACAUGCUCAACCCCCUCCCCGGUCCCGCGGUGGAGCCGGGUUGUGCGAGGACGGUUUUCUCCAGGGGGAAAAAAGAGAAAAGCGCUUCUCCCGGGCGAGGAAGGAGCUCCCGUUCCGACUGUUUGCUUUGUUUCCUCAGCGUUAUAGGUUCCAGCUCGAUUAUUGCAUACGCCGUCUUUCAAAACGCCGUGCGUUCCCCCGAGGUUCGCCCGCUUUUCUACCUGAGCCUCUCUGACCUAUUUCUGGGCAUGUGCUGGCUCGCUGGGGCGGUUCUCUACAGCACCCCGACCUCCAGGCAGGAUCUCAUCUGCUACAACUUGCAAGCGACAGGACAGAUAUUCUACGUGGCCUCUUUCCUGUACACCGUCAACUACACCUGGCACCUCUACAUGGACCUAAAGAUGAAAUACAAUCAGAACCUCUUCAGGAUGCCCCCUCAGGUUGUGGAUUAUGCGAGUUGCAUUGGCCGAAUAGCAACGAUCUUGUCCAGCCUGAUCCCUUUCCUGCUCAUGGUGCCUGUGUUUUGCCUGGGCAACAGUAGUAAUUGCUACCAGAACUUCAGCCAGAAGCACGGGUGUCUCCUGAUGCACACGGAGGUGGCCGUGCCCACCAACGAGCCGCAAACCCUCAGUGGCUCUGUUUGCCGUGCGAUGCAUUUCUAUGGCAUCGGAGUCUUCCUCAUUUCCUUUCUGAUCAGCUUCGUAGCCAUUCUGGUUAUACUCAGUCAAGCCCGAGGUUUGUACAAAAGGUUUGUGAACUCCACAGGAUUCCUGGGGGAUCAGCAGUGGGCCAUGAUUAAGAUGGUAGAACAACGAGUGGUGUUUUACCCCGUCGCAUUCUUCUGCUGCUGGGCCCCAGCUGUCCUCCUGGCUAUACUGAAGCUGACUGUUUCGACAAACACCAAAAUCUACAUGGCUCUUCUAAUCCUGCAGGCUCUGACAGCAGCUUCUCAGGGGCUUCUGAACUGCAUCGUGUACGGUUGGACGCAGCACAUCUUCCUGUCGCUCAAACGCAACGCCUGCCGCGACGUUGACACUCAGACUCCUCUCCUGCGCUCGCAGAAGAAGUCCUACGCCAGCACACUCCCCGCCAGCCCACCGGAGGCAGAGGGGUCCACGUCCACCCUGCUCUGA